AAAUGUUCCAGCCUGCUCCGGGAGACCCUGGUGUGACCGCCAGGAUGGAGCUGGGCCCAGCAACCCAGACUUUUGUGUUGGAGCUUCGAUGUCUUGAGGAUGGGGGUCCAGGGCCUGACACCCUCUCAGGUGGCAGUGGUGGGAAUGAAAGCCAGGAGGAAGAAGAGGUUCAGGAGGGGAGCGGCCAUCCUCAGCAGCCAGUGCUUGCAGCCUCAGUGGGGGCCUGUUACUAUAUUGAGCCAGAGCAGGAGGAGCCACAGGACUUGCGAGUGCCCAAAUUAAAGCAGCAGCCAGAGCCAGAACAGCAGCCUGAGCACAGGCAGCUGCAAGAGCAGCAGCCUCAGCAUCAACGGUUAGGAUCCCAGCCAGAAUUGCAACAGCAGCAAGAUGGGCAACAGCAGCUGUCUCCGUCGCAGCAAGAACAACAGGAAAACCGGUCUAUGCAGCAUCAGCAGCCAGAACCACAGCUGCAGGUGGUGCAGUUGGGGAGACUUGAAGAAGAGCAACCUUUGUUGCUGCAGCCACAUCAGACAAUGCAGCUACCAGACCAAGCACAACAGCUGUUGCAACAGCAGCAAAUUCUGCAGCAGCAUCUUUUGCAGCAGCAAGUGCAUGAACCUGCACCACAGCAGCAAGUGCAGGAACAACUGCCAUUACAGCAGCCAGUGGAAGAGCAACAAUCACAGCAGCAGCAGCUUCUCCAACAAGAGCAACUAUUGGAAGAGCAGAGGCAGUUGCUGCUGCGGCAUGUGCGAGAUCAAGUAUUGCAGUUACAGCAAGUGCGAGAGCAACAGUGUUUGCAACAGCAACAGCUGUUGCAGCAGCAGCAGCGGUUGCAAGAGCAACAGGAGCAGUUACAGCAACAGAUGCUCCAACAGCAGCACCUGUUGCAGCAGCAGCAGGGACAGUUGCAACAGCAACACUUGCAACAGCAGAUAUUAUUGCUGCAGCCACACGGACAGCUACAGCAUCAGCUAUUGCUGCAGCAACAGGCAGAGUUGCAGCAACAGCUGUUGCAGCAGCAACAGGCACAAUUGCAACACCAACUAUUGCUGCUGCAGCAGGAACAGUUACAGCAGCAGCAGUUGUUGCAACAGCAGCAGGAACAGCUGCAGCAGCACCAGCAGCUGCAUUCUCCUCCACCACAGCCAGAGGAGGAAGAAGUGGAACUGGAGCUUAUGCCAGUGGAUGUGGGGUCUGAGCAGAAGCUGGAACAGCGGCGGCAGGAGCUGGAGAGGCAGCAAGAGCUGGAGAGGCUGCAGGAACAGCAGCAGCUGCAGCUAAAAAUGCAGGAGCAGCUGCAUCAACUGGAGCAGCACCUGGAGCAGCAGCAGCAGCUGGAGCAGCAGCUGGAGCAACAGCAGCAGCUGGAACAACAGGAGGUUCACUUGGAGCUGACACCGGUGGAGCUAGACCCCCAGCAGCAGGAGCUGCAGCUGCAGCUGACCUCUGUGCAGCCAGAGCUGCAACUGGAGCUGGUACCCGCUCCUGGAGGUGCAGCACCAGCUCCAGCCACCGUCGUGGUGACCCCUCCAGGUUAUGUGGUGCUGCAAGAGCUCAUGGUGCUGCCCGCUGUGGCCACACCCACUGUGGUGGCCAUCCCGGGCCCUGCGGGGAGUGCGGCUCUGACUCCCGCCAGACAGCGGAGGAAGCGGCGAGCCCGGAACAGGCCGACCAUCUGCACGGAGUGUGGCAAGGGUUUCAGCCGCAGCACGGACCUGGUGAGACACCAGGCCACGCAUACUGGGGAGAGGCCGUAUCUCUGCAGUGAGUGCGGAAAGAGCUUCUCCCAACAUUCCAACCUGGUGACCCACCAGCGCAUCCACACGGGCGAGAAGCCCUACGCCUGCACCUACUGCUCCAAGCGCUUCAGCGAGAGCUCAGCGCUCGUCCAGCAUCAGCGCACCCACACGGGAGAGCGGCCCUAUGUCUGCAGCGACUGUGGCAAGCGCUUCAGUGUCUCCUCCAACCUGCUGCGCCACCGUCGCACCCACUCAGGUGAGUGUCCCUACGUGUGCGAGGACUGCGGCGAGCGCUUCAGACACAAGGUGCAGAUCCGCAGGCACGAGCGCCAGCUGCAUGGGGCAGGGCGCUCCAGAGGCCUGGGCCUACUGCGGCCCUCCAGACCUGUGCCCUCAACAAGGAGCCAGCAGAACCCUGCAUCUGGGAAGCACUGAGAGGUGUUAGCACCAUCCACACACACCUGCUCUUAACCCCAGUUUGAGGUCUUUCUGGAUAUCUUUAAUUAUCCUUGGGAAAGGAAGACUUCCAUCUUUUCCCAGACCCCUCCCCCCAAGCACCAAAUUCACAGAUUCACUCUCUUUGCAAAACCAUCUCCAGGUGGGUGAGAGAGACUGCCUAACUUUAUCCUUUCCUGGGAAAAUAGGACUGAGAACUGGCUUGGUGGCAAACCACUCUUGAGGUGUGAUGCAACCAAACACUAACCAGCAAGCGAAAUGUGCAGUGUGUGAGAGAGCUCAGAAUCAAAUGGUUCAUUCUGAAGGCUCAAGGAGAAGCUGGAAAGGGAGGUGCUGAGGAAGAACUCAGCCUACUAAACUGUCUGCCUAGCAGGAAGCCCUGGGUUUCAUCUCCAGCACCAGACAAACCUGGUGUGUGGACGCAUGUAAUCCCAGCACUUGGGAGGUGGAGGCUGAGAGGUUCCAGGUCAUUGUCAGAUACAUAGUGAGUGAGAGGAUAGCCUGGGUUAUACGAGACCCUGCCUCCAAAAACAAAACAAAACAAAUAAACAAACAAAAAAACCAGUCUUCAGGUUGUCACAGUGCAGUGAACUUGGUCAAGGCAGUGAAUUGUCAUGACAUAAAUCUUGAAAGUAUUUGUCAAGAUGAAACGUGGAAGGGUAGGCGUAGUUCUGGUGCAGAUGCCUGGCUUGCGCUCAUAGACAAGGUCACGGUGGCAGUCCGGUCGGUGUGCAAAUAAAAGCCAGAAGUCCUGCUCUGGUUGGAAGGUCAAACCUUCCUUCCCAGGGAGUUCAGACUACAGGCGUUAGAAGCUGAUUUGGGGUCUCUUUUGGAAUGUUGUUCCCAAGCCGUUUGUACGUCUUUGCUGUCCCCUGAUGUAAGAGCCUAUGGCGGAAGCAGAGAUUUCCAAGAGCUUGUAAAGACCUUCAGGCAGCCCCGACCUAGCCUAAGCCACCUAGACCCAAGUGCUCAGCACCAUAUGACCCAGGAACCACAGUCUCCAUGGCCACUCGAUGGGGACGGGUAGCCAGAGGAGCCCCUACCUCCUGGCUGUGGGUAUAGGGAAAAUGUUGGGGACAAGGACUGGGGGGGGUCUCAGAAAGGCUGUAAGCCAUGCUUAUCAAAUCACUUAGGGCAGCGGCUGUCUGAGCAGUACAUGGUGUUGGAAGGUGUGCAAUGUGGAGGAGGUCCCCAGCCACUUCCUGCCUUACUCAACCUUACUGCCCACCAUGGCUACUUGGUUCCUGCCCUUUCUCUGCCCUCCCUGCAACUCCUUUAGUAACACAGCCUGCCAAAUUUUAUACAUGUAUUGGCAAGUGAGAAACAGAACUUGGAAAAUAAAGUGGAUAAUACUGUGCGUCCGGUCUGUGAUGUG